GUGACCUUGAAUUCGCAGCCUCCUUCUCCGUGUGAGCCAAUAUGCUUGGAGGAGGGAAGAAGACGAGCUUUUCGCCUCCAUUGUUUUCAUUUUCCCCCUGAAGAGUCUCACAAGGAAACCAAAACCCAUAACGUAGCUACUGAGCUCCACCGUCUAUCAGCAGAGAAAUGAUGCGUCCACAGCAAAUCAGCAAACUCUCAAGUUCAGCAAGAUCCUUUUUCCUUAGCGGAUCGAGAUCAAGUGCAGCUGAUGGGAGUCCUUCUGCAUUCAACGACGAUGAGCCUUGUGUCUCCCGACGCCAGCAACUUAGGCACGAAGCCGCACAAGAUGAAAAACUACCGUCCAGUAUUAUUACCCGUAAGCCUCUUGUAGCGGGAAGCAUUUUACCAGGAGAGGCAGAGAGUAAACCGGUUGUUCUAAAGAAGGUUGAUGGUUCUGGUCGGCCAUCUCUAUUGCCACAGCAUGUUUGCUCUUCUUCUUCUCCUGCUCUCCCUAGUAAACCACAUUCGGUUACUUAUGCAUCAAUUAGAGAGGAGGAGGAAGUUUCUUCUUCAGCACCUAUUGGGGAUCAGAUUUUCAGAGCCGGUUAUGCAGCGGUUAGUAUUUUGUCUGAUUUAGCAAACUUUAAGCUUCCUUCGUCUGAUGGAGGGAGUAGUGAAGUGUUUGGAUUAGGGAAAAGCUGUAUGGUGGAUCCAUCUCGGCCUAUCACAAGCGUCAAGUCAGUUAUAAGGAGAGAGGACUUGACCAAAGCUUACCCUAGAUCACCAGCUGCAAAAGAGUCAUCAGCUGGUAAAAUUAGAAAUCAUAGUAGCAACUUCCGAGGGGCUAAGGAAGGAUUCAAACAAGUCUCGUUACAGAAAAGGUAUCAUCAUCACGCAUCUGGCAAGAGGACGACAAGCAUGUUGCAGAGACACAAUAAUAUUGAUUCAAACAGGUUUGUGCCAAACGAAAUGAUGAAAGCGGCUUCAGGUUCAAGGCAGUAUUGUAAUGUCAAAGAGGUGGAAAACGUUUCCAGCAUUUUGAAAACAUUCAGGUGGGGCCCUGCUGCUGAGACGGCUCUUGAGAAUCUCCGGUUAACGAUGGGUCCGUACCAAGCGAACCAGGUGCUCAAGAAGAUGAAUGACUAUGGAAACGCUCUUGGUUUCUUCUACUGGCUCAAAAGGCAGCCCAAGUUUAAGCACGACGAGCACACUUACACCACCAUGGUUGGUAACCUCGGCCGUGCUAAACAGUUUCGGGCCAUAAACAGGCUUCUCGACGAGAUGGUUAGAGAUGGUUGUAGGCCAAACACGGUUACUUACAACCGUCUUAUCCACAGCUACGGCCGUGCUAAUUAUCUCAACGAAGCGAUGAAUGUGUUUAAUCAGAUGCAAGAAGCUGGAUGCGAACCAGACCGUGUAACGUACUGUACACUCAUAGACAUUCACGCCAAGGCUGGGUUUCUCGACGUUGCGAUGGAUAUGCAUCAGAGGAUGGAAGCGGCUGGUAUCUCAACCGACACUUUCACUUACAGUGUCAUUAUAAACUGUCUUGGGAAAGCUGGGCAUUUACCCGCUGCGCACAAGCUCUUCUGCGAGAUGGUUGAUCAGGGAUGUACACCUAACUUGGUCACGUACAACAUCAUGAUGGACUUGCACGCCAAGGCGAGGAACUACCAGAGCGCGUUGAAGCUUUACCGCGACAUGCAGAACGCUGGGUUUAGGCCUGAUAAAGUGACGUACAGCAUCGUGAUGGAGGUGCUUGGACACUGUGGGUAUCUAGAGGAAGCAGAGGGUGUCUUCACCGAGAUGCAGCGUGAUAAUUGGGUUCCUGAUGAGCCGGUCUAUGGGCUUUUGGUGGAUCUGUGGGGGAAAGCUGGUAAUGUUGAGAAGGCUUGGUAUUGGUAUCAAGCAAUGUUUCAUGCUGGUUUGUUACCUAAUGUUCCUACUUGCAACUCUCUUCUUAGUACUUUCCUUAGGGUUGACAAGAUAGGGGAAGCGUAUGAGUUGUUGCAGAACAUGCUGGCGCUUGGUCUACGUCCUUCUUUGCAGACGUACACGUUGCUCUUGAGUUGCUGCACGGAUGCUCGGUCAAAGCUUGAUAUGGGUUACUGUGGCCAGCUAAUGGCGAGCACUGGUCAUCCGGCGCAUAUGUUUCUCCUCAAGAUGCCGUCUGCAGGUCCUGAUGGACAGAACGUGCGUAAUCAUGUGAACAACUUCUUGGAUCUGAUGCACAGCGAGGACAGAGAGAGCAAGAGAGGGCUUGUGGACGCGGUGGUUGACUUCUUACACAAGUCAGGGCAAAAAGAAGAGGCGGGAUCGGUUUGGGAAGUUGCAGCACAGAAGAAUGUUUUUCCUGAUGCGUUGAGGGAGAAAAGCAGCAGCUAUUGGCUUAUCAAUCUCCAUGUAAUGUCGGAGGGAACCGCAGUGACCGCGUUGUCCAGGACGCUUGCUUGGUUCCGGAAGCAGAUGCUAGUCUCCGGAUCUUGUCCUUCUCGGAUUGAUAUAGUGACUGGUUGGGGAAGACGUAGUAGAGUGACUGGUACGUCGAUGGUGAGACAAGCGGUUGAAGAGCUGCUCAACAUGUUUGGUUCACCGUUUUUCACGGAGAGUGGAAACUCAGGUUGUUUUGUUGGGUGUGGUGAGUCUCUCAACAGGUGGUUGGUGCAGUCUUAUGUUGAAAGGAUGCAUUUGCUGUGAGUGUUUGUUUAGCUUUAUUUAUUUUCUUUUCUUUUCUUUUAGCUGAUUGCAUCUUAUGAAUUGGUUUAGCGCGUGUCAUAAGUUAAGGUUAGGGAAACACUUUGACUUUCUCUCUAGCCAUUUGUUCUCUGCCUUUAAAUUGUAUCUUCCUCUUGCAAUAAUAUAUCUGAGACUAUAUUUGAAGUGCCA